GACUUUAGCAAAGUGAUAUGCGGUCUUGCACGCAGCCAUCAGGCAAAUAAAAUUGUUGUUUAUAAUUUAAUUGUUUUGCAAAAAAAAUGUCAAAUGUAAUGAAAAUGACGCUCAUUGUUGGUGGGGUCUCGAUGCUUGGCUAUGCUACGAUGAAAUUGUUAACGCCAAAUAAAGAAAAAAUGAUGGAGAUACUUUCAGAUGACUUGAAAUCAGAAGAAAAAUUAAAAGAAGUCCAGAAAAGAAACGAAUUAGUUUUUGCUGCGAUGCAAAGAUCAGCUAAGUCUAACGAUCCUAUUUGGAAAGUAGACAAAGAACUUUUUAAUUCUACAAAAUAUAAAUAAUUUUUUGUAUACUCCAAGAUAUUUUAGUAGAAGUCUAAUUUUGUAUACUUAAAUAUUAUUUAUUUGUUGACAGUCUGAUAUAUGUAAUAUGUAAA